UCCAGUUUCAUUCGGUCUUUCAAAAGAGUAAGAGCGUCUAGCUACUCCAGUGAAGUCAAAGUUUCGUAAAACGCAAAAAAUCUAAGAAUUUGUCUUCAUCAUUUAUAUUGUAUUAAAACGAUUAAAUAUCAAAUAAAUUGCAAGUUUAAACAUUUUGACGUGAAACGCGACUGAUUGACAAUAUAAAAAAUAUUUAAAAUAUUAAAAUAACUUGACCCACAUAUUAAUUUGUUUUAAACGAAUUUAGUGCAUUUAUUAGCGCAAUUAACAUAAUAAUUUGUGUUUAAGUGUCAAAAAUUUUAUAUUUGUCAAUUUUUUUAAGUGUUUGUAGUAUUAAAAAUUUCCAGCUAUAAAGAAUUAUACAUAUACAUAAAAUAUUGUGUUUUACAUAAACUUAAGAGAAAAAUUUUUCAAAGACGUUAAGUAAUUCAUAUAAUGGCCCCAAUAACCAUUGACAAUAUCGAAUCAGAAUGUGAAUUUGUUGCUAAUUCCAACAAUAACGCCAGCAAUUUUAGUGAAAACGGUGAUUUUAUUGAAGAAGUGAACGACAUUGUCGUUGAGAACGAGGACUCCAUAAAUGGUAUUGAGUUCAAUCAAGCUAUAGGUAACAGUCAGCAGCAACAAUUGCAACAGACCAAGGACGAAAAGCAGCAAUUUCUUGAAAAUGAUGCCGGUACAACAGCUGAGAAGUGUCAGAACCAGAAACUCUUCAAUAACCACAAGCAAAUGCCAUGGGAAGGACCUAAGGCUCAAGGACUUUAUGAUCCGCAAAAUGAGCAUGAAGCUUGCGGUGUCGGGUUCAUUGUUGCCGUCGAUGGCAAACGGUCUCACAAGAUUCUUCGUGAUGCCCAGACCUUGUCAGAACGGAUGAAUCACCGUGGUGCAUGCGCCUGCGAUAAUGACACCGGCGAUGGCGCUGGUGUACUGGCUUCUAUACCUCAUGGACUCUAUGCAAAAGCUCUGGCUUCGCAAGGUGUGUCGUUGCCCAAUCUUGGUGAUUAUGCUACUGGAAUUUUUUAUUUGGAUGAGCAAACACAUGCUCAAGCAGAAACUGAAUUCAAUGCAUUGGCAAAGAGUCUUGGUAUGGAUAUUAUUGCAUGGCGCACUGUUCCGACAAACGUGGAUGCUAUUGGUAGAGUAGCUCGCAAAUCUGAACCGCUCUCUCGGCAAGUUUUUGUUAAACGCCCUACUCACAUGGAUGAGAAAAGUUUCGAACGUCAAGUCUUUGUGCUGCGAAAACGUGCGAGUCAUGAACUAACGCAAGAAGAACGUCGCUUUUAUAUAUGUUCCUUGUCGUCAAAGACUAUGGUAUACAAAGGCCUUUUUACUUCUGAUCAACUAUGGGAUUACUAUACAGAUCUAAAAAAUCCUGAUUUUGACACUUAUUUAGCACUGGUACACACACGGUUCUCUACUAACACUUUUCCCUCUUGGGAACGUGCUCAUCCUCUCCGUGUGCUGGCACAUAAUGGUGAAAUAAACACCCUACGUGGAAAUGUAAAUCUAAUGAAAGCACGUGAAGGUGUUAUGGAAAGUGAGAUUUUUGGUACACAGUUGAAAAAGUUGUAUCCGGUUGUUGAGCCUAACCUUUCUGAUUCUGGUUCGUUUGAUUGCGUUUUGGAAUUCUUAACAAUGGCAAGUGAGCGUUCAUUGCCUGAAUCAGUAAUGACAAUGGUACCAGAAGCUUGGCAAAAUGAUAAAACUAUGACACAGGAGAAACGUGACUUUUAUCAUUGGGCUGCGUGUGUCAUGGAACCGUGGGAUGGUCCAGCUUUGAUUUCAUUUACUGACGGUCGUUACAUUGGUGCAGUACUUGAUAGAAAUGGUCUACGUCCAUCACGUUUCUAUGUAACAAAUGACAAUGUUUUAGUAAUGGCAUCUGAAGUUGGAGUCUAUGAUAUUGAUCCAUCAAAAGUUAUACUAAAAAGUCGGUUGAAGCCUGGACGUAUGCUUUUAGUUGAUACUCAAGAAAAAAAAUUUAUACAAGACAUUGAACUUAAGUCUUUCAUAGCCAGAUCACGUCCACAUUCGGAAUGGUUACAACAACAGAUGAUAACUCUCGAUGAAAUACGAAACGCCAAUGUCUUAAAUUCAAAAGCCGCAAAUGAUAUCGCUGAUACCAUGAAAGAUCCUUCAAAAUCUGGUAUUUUUGAUUCUCGCUUAUCGUUAUUUGGAUAUACGACAGAAACAGUUAACAUGCUAUUGGUUCCAAUGUUUAAAAAUAAAAAAGAAGCAUUAGGUUCUAUGGGUAAUGAUGCGCCUUUAGCAUGUCUUUCAACAUUCCAACCUAUACCGUAUGAAUAUUUUAAACAACUUUUUGCUCAAGUAACAAAUCCUCCUAUCGAUCCAUUCCGUGAGAAAGUUGUCAUGUCCAUGCAAUGUCCAAUCGGACCUGAAGCCAAUUUGUUGAAACCUUCUGCAAAGCAAGUUCAUCGCAUUUGGCUAACAAAUCCGAUACUGAGCAUUCCAGACACAAAUCUCUUAAAACGUAAUACUCACCGUGGUUGGAAAACUAAAGUUUUGGAUAUUACAUUCCAGUUCACAGAGGGUGUUAGGGGUUAUAUUGAUUGCAUUGAAAGAAUAUGCCGUGAAGGCGCUUCAGCUGCCCAAACAGGAUAUCAACUGUUGAUCAUAUCGGAUCGAAAUAUUGGCUCAGGCAGAGCACCGGUAUCUGCUUUGUUGGCUUUAGGCGCUUUACAUCACCAUUUAAUUGAAACUUUACAUCGUAUGAAAGUUGGAAUUAUUGUUGAAACUGCUGAAGCACGUGAAGUUCAUCAUGUUUGUGUUCUGCUUGGCUACGGUGCAGAUGCAAUAUGUCCCUAUUUAGCAUUUGAAUUGGCACAAUCUUUGCGUAAUGAUGGUGUUAUUAGUCCUGAUGUAAGCGAUAAGCAAAUCUACUCUGCAUACGCUCAAGCUAUUGACACUGGUAUAGCCAAAGUUAUGGCUAAAAUGGGUAUAAGCACUUUGCAAUCAUACAAAAGUGCUCAAAUUUUUGAAGCUGUUGGUUUGGGUACAGAACUUAUCAACAAAUGCUUCCGAGGUACUCAAAGCCGCAUUGGAGGAGUAACUCUAGAAAUUCUAGCUAAAGAAAGUCUCGAACGGUAUGAAAUGACAUAUUGCAAAGUUUCACCUGAUACUCGUAUUUUACGUAAUCCUGGUCAAUACCAUUGGCGUCACGGUGGAGAGGCGCAUAUAAAUGAACCUUCUUCAAUUGCUAGUCUCCAAGAGGCUGCUGUAAAUAAAAAUAGAAAUGCUUAUAAUGCUUUCAAGAUAUCAACGUUAGACAGUGUCAAAAAGUGUACUUUACGUGGUCAAUUGGAGUUUGUAACAAACCGUGAAAAAAUUGAUAUAUCCGAAGUUGAACCAGCAGGUGAAAUUGUAAAAAGAUUUGCGACAGGAGCAAUGAGCUUUGGUAGUAUUUCCUUGGAAGCGCAUCAAACUCUAUCAAUUACUAUGAAUCGUAUCGGUGGUAAAAGUAACACUGGAGAAGGUGGCGAAGACUCAGAUCGUUAUUUAAAUCAAGAUCCGAACAAUAGCCGUCGUUCUGCAAUUAAACAAGUUGCUUCAGGACGUUUUGGUGUAACAGCUUCUUACUUAGCUAACGCCGACGAUUUACAAAUUAAAAUGGCUCAAGGAGCCAAACCCGGCGAAGGUGGCGAACUUCCUGGUUACAAAGUUACUAAGGACAUUGCUAAAACUCGACACUCUGUUCCUGGAGUAGGAUUAAUAUCACCACCGCCACAUCAUGAUAUUUACUCUAUUGAAGAUUUAGCUGAACUAAUAUAUGAUUUGAAAUGCUCAAAUCCCAAUGCAAGAAUAAGUGUCAAACUCGUCUCUGAGGUCGGAGUUGGAGUUGUUGCAUCGGGUGUGGCAAAGGGAAAAGCCGAACAUAUUGUUAUCUCUGGCCAUGACGGUGGUACUGGUGCUAGUUCUUGGACUGGCAUCAAAAAUGCUGGACUACCGUGGGAGUUGGGUAUUGCAGAAACCCAUCAAGUACUUGUUUUAAAUAAUUUACGCUCAAGAGUAAUUGUACAAGCUGAUGGUCAGUUGCGCACUGGAUUUGACGUUGUAGUUGCUGCCUUAUUGGGUGCUGACGAAUUUGGUUUCAGUACUGCUCCAUUAAUAGUGAUGGGCUGCACAAUGAUGAGAAAAUGUCAUUUAAAUACUUGCCCUGUUGGUAUUGCCACACAAGAUCCGAUUUUACGCAAGAAGUUCACCGGAAAACCUGAACACGUUAUUAACUUCUUCUUUAUGUUGGCGGAAGAUAUUCGUCAAAUAAUGGCUGAUUUGGGUAUAAGAAAAUUUCAAGAUUUAAUUGGUCGUACCGAUCUUCUGCGAGUAUCUGAAAAGCGUUUAAAUAAAGCUCGUACAUUAGACUUGUCUUUACUUUUGCAAAAUGCAUUAGACCUACGACCAGGAACUAAUAUCAUUGGAGGUUCGAUUCCACAGGACUUCCAACUGGAAAAACGUGCAGACAACGCACUUAUAACAAAAGCACAAAGCAUAUUUAAUGGAUCAGUGGAUAAUGUUACUUUGAAAAUGCGUAUACACAACGAAGAACGGGCUUUUGGUUCUACGCUGAGUUACCAUAUAGCUUGCAAAUACGGUGAAGCAGGUCUGCCAGAAGGCAAGAAUAUAGACAUAUUUUUAGAAGGGUCUGCUGGUCAGAGUUUCUGCGCAUUUUUGGCUAAAGGUGUAAAUGUUACACUUAAAGGCGAUGCAAAUGAUUAUGUUGGGAAAGGUUUAUGUGGAGGUAAUAUCGUUAUAACACCACCAGAUUCAUCGCCAUUUGAAUCUCAUUUGAAUGUUAUUGUUGGUAAUGUCUGUUUAUACGGUGCUACUGAGGGUACUGCUUAUUUCCGUGGUAUUGCGGCAGAACGUUUUUGUGUACGGAACUCUGGUGUCACAGCAGUUGUUGAAGGUGUUGGAGAUCAUGGAUGUGAAUAUAUGACUGGAGGAUUAGUAGUUAUUCUUGGCCUAACUGGUCGAAAUUUUGCUGCCGGUAUGUCAGGUGGUAUUGCCUAUGUUUAUGAUAUUGACGGGUCAUUCAAGCCUAAAGUUAAUCCAGAAUCAGUCGAACUAUUAACAUUAGAACUAAAAAAAGACGAAACAGUUAUAAAAGAACUGCUAGGAGAUUUCAUUCAGAAAACAAAUUCGAAAAUUGCUAAGGAAAUUCUGGAAAAAUGGGCUGAAUCAAAAACUAAGUUCGUUAAGGUUUUCCCAUAUGAAUACCAAAAAGCUCUUAAGGAGCUAGAAGCCGAAUCUUUGAAGGAAGAAAAUAAAAAUGAAUUAAUAACAAUUGAAAAUGGAAAAUCUAAUAAUGAACCCAAUAUUAAGGAUAUAGAAGAAGCUAUACACGAUAUAGCCCUAGAACAAAAAAGAGCGGAUCGCAUAUUAGAUAAGACACGCGGAUUUGUUAAAUAUAAACGUGAAACAUCAAUUUAUCGUGAUGCUGGAGAUCGUCAAAAAGAUUGGGACGAAGUUUAUAAUUUUCCACAUGUGCGUAAAACUCUUAAAGUACAAGCUGCACGAUGUAUGGAAUGUGGAGUACCAUUUUGUCAAUCAAACGCACAUGGUUGUCCUCUUGGUAAUAUUAUUCCAAAAUGGAAUGACCUCAUAUUUCACGGCGAAUGGAAAGAAGCAUUACGUCAAUUACUGCAAACUAACAAUUUUCCAGAAUUUACUGGUCGUGUUUGUCCAGCUCCGUGUGAAGGUUCUUGUGUUCUGGGUAUAUCUGAGCCACCUGUCACAAUAAAAAAUAUCGAAUGUGCAAUCAUCGAUCAUGCAUUUGAACAAGGUUGGAUUAAACCUGAAAUUCCUGAGGUGCGUUCUGGAAAACGUGUUGCUGUUAUUGGCUCAGGUCCUUCUGGCUUAGCAGCUGCACAACAAUUGAAUCGUGCUGGUCACUUUGUAACAGUUUUUGAACGUAACGAUCGUGUUGGAGGCUUAUUACAAUACGGUAUACCAACUAUGAAAUUAUCUAAAAAUGUUGUUAAACGUCGCAUUGAUUUAAUGGCUGAUGAAGGUAUUGAAUUUCGUACCAGUGUACAUGUAGGUAAAGAUGUGAAAGCCGAAUUAUUGCUUAAUGAAUAUGAUGCUUUAUUAAUCACAACUGGUGCAACUUGGCCACGAGACUUACCAUUGGCAAAUCGCGACCUUAAGGGCAUUCAUUUUGCUAUGGAGUUUCUUGAAGCUCAACAAAAGAAACAACUUGGUGGCAGGAAGGAUAUUAUUUCUGCUGAAGGGAAGCACGUAAUAAUUAUUGGUGGAGGUGAUACCGGCUGUGAUUGCAUUGCUACUUCAUUACGUCAGGGUGCCAAAAGUAUCACGACUUUUGAAAUUCUACCAGAACCACCAGCGAAACGAGCUAAUGAUAACCCAUGGCCUCAGUGGCCAAAGGUAUUCAGAAUCGAUUAUGGUCACGAAGAAGUGCGUGUUAAAUUUGGCAAGGAUCCACGUCAAUAUUGUACAACAGUAAAAGAAUUUGUUGGCAAAAAUGGGCAGAUCAAUGCUGUAAAAACUGUUGAAGUAGCUUGGGAAACAGGUGCAAAUGGGCAAUGGAUUAUGAAGCAAGUAGACGGCACUGAACGCUACUUUGAAGCUGAUUUAAUAUUACUUGCUAUGGGUUUCUUAGGACCUGAAAAGACAGUCCCGAAUGAAUUAGGCCUAGAACUAGAUCCACGUGGUAAUAUAAAAUCCUGCAAUGGCAGUUAUGGCACAUCCAAUCCUAAAGUUUUUGCAGCUGGUGAUUGCCGGAGGGGUCAAUCUUUAGUCGUUUGGGCUAUAAGCGAAGGACGUCAGGCAGCUCGUCAAGUUGACACAUAUUUGUUAGGCCGACCAAGUACUCUUCCUGGUCCUGGUGGUGUUAUUGAUUCAACAAAUAAAAACUAAGACUUUCAA